AUGUGGGAACACGGUCCAGUAUCGGCCUGGGUAAGGUUCUACAUUUAUGCCAUCCAUGGCUACUUUGCAGAAGUCAUGUUCACAGCUGCCUGGGAGUUUGUGGUCAACAUGAACUGGAAAUUUCCCGGAGUGACCAGCGUGUGGUCACUGCUGAUCUACGGCACAUCCAACAUGGUGAUAGAGCACUUGUAUCUGAGGCUUAAGGAAAAGGUAGCACUUCCUGCUCGCCUAUGCAUCUACGUCGUCUGGAUCUACCUGUGGGAAUUCUCCACGGGGCUAGUCCUGAGGCAGUUUGGAGCCUGCCCAUGGGACUACUCGCCGUUUGAUUUCCACUUCUUUGGGCUUAUCACCCUGGAGUACGCCCCUGUUUGGUUUUUUGGUGCGCUAUUGACCGAGCAGAUCCUGAUUAAGAAUACCCUCCGUUUGUUCUUCCAAGAUGACGAGCAGGAAACCAGACAGCCUGGUCCACAAAUCAUGAAUGGCCCAUCAAUGAAAAGUGAUUAG